AUGGCCGCGCCAAGACCCCACGCCUUGCGGGCUGCGCUCUGUGGAGGCUGCUGCUGCCUUCUCUUGUGUGCCCAGCUCGCAGCGGCUGGUAAAGGAGCUCGUGGCUUUGGACGAGGAGCCUUGAUCCGCCUGAACAUCUGGCCGGCUGUCCAAGGCAGCUGCAAACAACUGGAGCUCUGUGAGCGAUGUGUGGAAGGGGACAGAGGACACAACCACUCAGGCUGUGUGUGGCAGCAGUGUCAACCAGAGGAGCCAGGACACUGUGUGACCCGUGCUGAGGUAGCCAAGGAGGGUUGCUCUGUUUAUAACCGCUCAGAGUCCUGUCCUGCUGCCCACCAUCACCCCACCUAUGAACCGGUGACAGUCACAACAGGGAGCCCCACAGUUCCUGAAAUCCAUAGCCCUGGCUUCGAUGGUGCCAGCUUCUUUGGGGGUGUCGUGUUGGUGCUGAGCCUACAGGCAGUGGCCUUCUUUGUGCUGCGCUUCCUCAAGGCCAAGGACAGCACUUACCAGACAUUGUGA